AUGGAUUCAGAAAUUCAGUAUGAUCCCGAUUCCAUGAUCAAAAAGGAGGACAUCGUUUUGGAAUUUGAGGAGGGCCAGAAACAAGACGGAGAAUCACAAUCGGAAAGGCAAUCAGCUCUGACUAAAAGGACAUCCCGCGCUUGCAUUCGAUGUCGUUUUAGACAUACAAGAUGUCCCGGGGGACAACCAUGUUCCAAAUGCAUGUUGGCCAAAACCAAAUGUGAAUAUGUGGAAUUUGAGAAGCGAUUAGUUGUGUCUCGAAAGUAUAUCUACAAGCUCCAGGAGGAUAUUGCGAAAUUGAAAAAAGAAAAUGCAUCUUUGAGAAACAGUCUUCGAGAAGAAGAGGCCAAAAGGGUUUCAGGAAGUACGCCGAUUGAGGGUAACAAUUCCCUCGAUAUGCAAAGAAGGAUGGGGUCAUUUGGCGGCUCGCGAUCCGAAUCACAAGUAAUAUCACAAGAAGAAACACCAGAAGGUUGGCAGGCGUCGGAAGAUGAAAUCCAGAAUGAGAUUAUUCACCCCUCUUUGGACAAAUAUGGCCGGCUAAUACAAUCCAGGACUGGGGAGAAGUUGUAUGUGGGGCUGUCAUCGAUGACCUUGUUCGGGCUUGAAAUUCAAAACAUGGCCCCGUCAUUUCCGCCCUCAAAUCUAUUACAUCUCAACUCGUCAUCUACUACUCCUACUGAUUCGCCGCAGAGACAGUUCAACACGCUCUCUAAUGACCCCGAUACCGGAUUCUCUGAUGUUAAACGAGAAACAAAGAUUUUGGAGAAAGAAGGAAAUGCCUACAACAUUACCCUUGCAAAGACAAAUACUCGUCCUGGUCUUUCUGUUAAUUUCACACUCCCGUCUUAUUCAUAUGCUAUUUUAUUGGUAGAUACAUUCAUCAAUUACAAUGAUGGGUGUUUCUACUUUUUUAAUGAGGGCUUAGUCAAGAAGUUUUUAAUGAAUCUUUAUGCUGGCAACACUGCUGACAACAAAAAGAUCAUUAAGCGGAACAUCAUACCAAACGUCGGCCCUGCUGAUGAUGAGAACACGAUUAAGAAGGAUACCGAUGAUGACACAAUCUUGGAGACGAUAUGGUUUUGCAAAAUACUUUUAAUCUUCGCAAUAGGUGAAAUGUAUCUCGGAACAGAAUCAGAUACGCAUAUGAAUAAUUCCAAGAAGGAAACUAUCAUGAAUUACGAAAAAAACAAAACCAAGAAGAGAGUUAUAGGGAAAAGGAACACUUUACCUGGCUCAGGCUUCUUCUAUCAGGCAUCCGAGCUAUUCACAGGUUUGUUUGCUUCGGGAGCCAUCGACAACAUUACAAAGGAUGGUGGUAUAGAGGUUAUGCUACUUUACGCAUUCUAUCUCCAAGUUGCGGAUUGUACCAUAGCAUCAUAUUUUUACUUUGGAUUGGCACUUAGAUCAACACUUAUUCUUGGGUGGCAUGUGGAUGCUGACAUGGAGAAUGUCAACAGAUUUGAGUUAGAACAUCGAAGGCGUAUCUGGUGGACCGUCUAUAUGUAUGAGAGAAUGUUGUCUUCGAAGGCUGGAUUACCCUUAAGUUUUGCUGACGAUAGUGUCUCAACAGAAUUGCCCUUUGACUUUCAGAUGAAACUUGAUGAUUUUCCUCGCGAUGAGAAUGAUGUAAGAGGCUACUAUAUUUUUCCCUCUGCGGAGUAUAUCAACAAUUGCGUGACCAUCACCCAGAUCAAUGCCAUUAUCUUGUCGUCGCUUUAUACAAAGCAACCCACUGCCAAUAUUUUGCCUGUUGUUUCUGAUCUUGUUCAUCGUUUGUUCAAAUGGAAAAACUCUUUACCUGAAUUUUUAAGAGUUGACUUUUCACAAGAAGAUGUGAAAAUUUCAAGAUUAAUCGUCAACUUGAUGACUGAAUACUUUCAGGGUAUGAAUUUGGCAGUGAGGCCAUUGCUUUUUCAUUUUGCUACAAAGAAAUUGAAAGAAUUACAGGUGGAGAACAACACCAAUCGUUACGUUGAUUUAACGAAAUAUUCGAAGAAUGUUCUAACUUUACUCAAUGCAUCUUUUCAGGCAUCUAUUAAUACCAUCAAGUCAAUUUGGGCAUUGUUCCCCCAAAACAUGGUUGCACUAUUCGGGUGGAUGGAUCGUGAAUAUUUGUUCACCUCUGCAUCCACCUUGAUUCUUUUCAAUGCUUCGAUCGGGGUUCACGACGCCACAAGGGUGCACCUAGAUCAUGCACUCACCGUCUUCAAUAAGAUGAAGAAACUUGGCAACUAUCCUGCGGCGUUACGCAGAGCGCAGUUGUUGAAAUUGAUCAAAGUACUUGAUUUUAAUGGUGUAAUGCAAGACAUAUUGCAGAAGCACGAUGAUGGCUUUAAGUCAUUCCCAUCUGACUCUUAUGGUGUUGAUAUUCAAUCUAAUCCAUUUGGUGAUGCCACCCCAUUUCGUGAGGCAACCAACCCAUCCGGGUAUAGGCAGCCUGUGCCCUCACAACCUUCUUCGUCAUCCCAGCAGAUUGUACCAGAGCCACUUCGAUCGGAUUUGGACUUUAUUCAAUUUAAUGAUCCAGUUCCAUCAAGAACCAGACCAAAUUUGAACAGACAUACGCCAACAAUUCCUCCAUCUGCUAACUUGACAAAUGAGGAUGCUUUUCAGUUUAACAAUCAUAUUAGUGAGCAGAAUGUCAGUGGCGGUUUCUUUCCAAAUUCAGAUUUGGCUGGUAUUGAAGGUUUGACAUACCUUGAUGAGGAGCAACAAUUAUGGAGUGAGAUCACAAAUGACGCAGUUUGGUUGCAACAAUCGGGAGUUCCGGCAAGUAACCCUCCUCGAACGGACUUUUCCACCACUCUGUUUGGCACCGAGUUCACGCAUAAUAAGAAUCAUUCACAAAGUGGGCAGAAUAUUUCGGGUCAACACUCGAUGAGUAAUGUUGUUGGUGCGUAUAGCGAUAUUAUAAACCUGGAAUUUCUGGAGGAUAUAUUCUAG